AAACUGGAGGGAUGUCUUGCUGCCUUUUCAUCUCUAUUAGUUAACACUAAGCAGCUAUAGACUGAAAAAAAUAAUUAAAUCAACUGUGAUGCUCAAAGGCUUGCAGCUACCAGCAGCUUUUAAGGUACAUUGCAUGUUCAUGCGUGUUAUUCAGUGCAUGAGUUUGCAUUUUAAAUCUAUCACACCUUAAAUGUUAAUACAAUAACUGACCAUUUCAUUUGUUUUUAACCGUCUUAAAAUAUAUCACGGUUUCAUGCUCUAUGUUAGUGCACAGAUAUUAUUAUUAAACUGAAAACCUUUAUUUUAAAAUGGAAGUACAUGCAAAACAUCUAACAGGCAGUCCAGGAGGAACGGACAUGUGCACAUGCAGAUGAGAUUCUUCACCCGGUGGCAUUUUUUACAAUAAAGUGGAGAAGCAAAUCUACACGGGUUCAUAACCAUCAAUUUUUUUAUACCAUGGUACACAAUUUUAUGGUAUGCCGCUGCAGCAUGAGACUGAAAUUGCAAUGUUUAAAUAUUAUAUAUGCAACAAAUUUUACACAUUUUAGAGUUUCCUGUCUUUAUUUCUUACGUUAAACAGUGAUUGCUGCUUAUGCCGUUGCAAAUUUCUCAAAAUGCUUGCCAGUGGCACCCUGGCAACUGUUAUAUGGAGCUGAACAACAGUUGGUGUAGUUUUCAUCUGAAGGGCUUUGUGGGUACAUCUGGUUGGGAAUCACUGACUAAUUAAACCCAAUCUUGUUUUAGUAUUAAUUCCUCAGAGCCAGUCAUUUAAUGACAAUUCAAUAAAUCAGUUAUUUCCUUGAACACAGCCGAUAAUUCACCAUGCUAGUAUUAAACUCAGUCCAGCAGGGAUGCUAAACCCACUGACUGUUCUCCCCACAGAGCAACAGACGGUGGUCCUUCUGCCCAGAUCGCCUUCAGCCUCUAAGACCUACUUCCCCAUCCCAGUGGACCAGCUGGAGGAGGAGUACAGGCUCCGCUCGGCCGAUGACGGCAAGCUCUUCAGGGAGGAGUACAAUUCCUUGCCGGGGGGUAAUGCCCAGGGGACGUACGAGGAGGCAAACAAAGACGACAACAAGGAGAAGAACAGAUACCCCAACAUCCUCCCCUACGAUCAUUCCCGAGUGGUGUUGAGUCAGCUGGAUGGAAAUCCCUCUUCAGACUAUGUGAAUGCUUCUUAUAUUGAUGGUUACACGGAAAAGAACAAAUUCAUAGCAGCACAAGGCCCAAAAGAAGACACCGUAGCAGAUUUCUGGAGGAUGAUAUGGGAGCAGAAAGUAGCGACUGUUGUCAUGCUGACAAAUCUGAAAGAAAGAAAAGAAGACAAGUGCUACCAGUACUGGCCAGAUCAGGGCUGUUGGACCUAUGGGAACGUGAGGGUGGCAGUAGAAGACUUCACUGUGCUCGUGGACUACACCAUACGCAAGUUCUGCAUACAAUAUCAAUCCAGCGAUGCCGCGAAGACUCCCAGGCUCGUCACCCAGCUCCACUUCACCAGCUGGCCCGACUUUGGAGUUCCUUUCUCCCCCAUCGGCAUGCUCAAGUUCCUCAAAAAGGUCAAGGUGGUCAACCCACCCUUCUCUGGGCCUAUUGUGGUCCACUGCAGCGCUGGUGUUGGGAGGACAGGAACCUUCAUCGUAAUAGACGCCAUGAUCGACAUGAUGCACGCAGAGCAGAAAGUUGAUGUGUUUGGGUUCGUCGCUAAGAUACGAGAGCAGCGUUCCCAGCUCAUUCAGACAGAUAUGCAGUACUCAUUCAUCUACCAGGCCCUGCUGGAAUACUACCUCUACGGAGACACGGAGCUGGACGUGUCGUCUCUGGAAGGACAUCUGCAUAAACUGCAUAACACCUUUGCAAACGGUGACCGGGUCGGCCUAGAGGAAGAGUUCAAGAAACUGACCAACAUGCGAAUAAUGAAGGAGAACAUGAGAACGGGGAACCUGCCCGCCAACAUGAAGAAGAACAGAGUUCUGCAAAUUAUUCCAUAUGACUUCAACAGAGUUAUUCUCUCCAUGAGAAGAGGUCAGGAGUUCACCGAUUACGUCAAUGCAUCUUUUAUAGAUGGCUACAGACAGAAGGACUACUUCAUUGCCACCCAGGGCCCUCUGACACACACUGUGGAGGAUUUCUGGAGAAUGGUGUGGGAGUGGAAAUGUCACUCCAUUGUCAUGCUCACUGAGCUCCAGGAGAGGGAGCAGGACAAAUGUUGUCAAUACUGGCCAGCAGAGGACACAGUCACCUACGGAGAUUACUCAGUAGAGCUGAAGGGAGACACUUUGUGUGACACCUUCAGUCUUCGAGACUUGGUACUCACCUUUGUUCCGGAGAAGCAGACGAGGGUGAUUAGGCACUUCCACUUCCACGGCUGGCCUGAGAUCGGCAUCCCGGCAGAGGGGAAAGGCAUGAUAGACAUCAUCGCCUCAGUGCAGAGACAGCAGCAGCAGUCUGGGAACCAUCCCAUUGUUGUACACUGCAGUGCUGGUGCAGGGCGAACAGGUACGUUCAUUGCACUGAGCAAUAUCUUGGAGCGAGUCAAGGCAGAAGGCCUGCUGGACGUGUUCCAAACUGUGAAGAGUUUACGCAUGCAGAGGCCUCAUAUGGUCCAAACUGUGGAACAAUAUGACUUCUGCUACAGGGUGGUACAAGACUUUGUCGACAUUUUCUCAGACUAUGCCAAUUUUAAAUGACAAAAUUUGCCUUAAACAUGGUUUUUAAUGUUGUUUUCUAAAGCUGGUUUGUCAGUUUUAUGGGUUUCUUUAACUGGUCAAAUGAUCUAUUUUGCUAUGCACUUGUCCUACCAUUAACUCCAUUCUCGCUGUAAUAUACUGUAUGUCAAUGGAUGAAAAUUGUAAAUGAAAAAAGUCAUUAAUAAUGUAUAUUUCACAUCAUUUAU